UGAACCUUACGUUAAGGGGCUUUUGCAAUACAACGUGCCAAAUGGAAAGAAAAACCGCGGCCUUGCGACAGUGCUUGCGUACAAAAUGAUCGAGAAGAAAGAAAAUUUGACCCCGGAGAAUAUACAUCUUGCUAAUAUCAUGGGAUGGUGUACAGAAAUGUUCCACUCACUGCAAUUGAUGUCAAUCGACUUCAUGGACAACAAUCAGAUGAGACGAGGCGUUCCUUGUUGGCAUACUCGUCCAGAAGUCGCUAUGAGUUGUGGAAACGAUACUUCCAUGAUCCAAGCAGCCAUGUACUCGACGCUGAAACGGCACUUCUCAGCAAAGCCCUACUAUAGGAAUGUUCUGGAAAUGUUCAAUGAGAUGCUACUCAAGUGCGCUAUCGGUAGGUUCUUGGAAAAGGAACUGCACAAAACAAAUAAGCCAGAUCUUUCGCAGUUCGUAAUGGAAAAAUAUGAGGCAAUAACUAAAUACAAAACGUCAUAUUAUACUUUCCAAAUGCCAAUUAGCUUGGCUUUGUUGAUGGCUGGAGUUGACGACCCGGAGACACACAGGCAGGCAAAAAAUAUUCUACUUGCAAUGGGAGAAUUCUUCCAAAUACAAAAUGAUGUCCUCGACUGUUUCGGGGACCCAGCCGUUACGGGCAAAGUUGGUACCGAUAUCCAAGAUGGCAAAUGUACAUGGCUGGCAGUUGUUGCUUUACAGAGAGCAUCUCCUGCGCAGCGACAGAUGAUGGAGAAUCACUAUGGCAGUUCUAAUCCUGAUGAUGUAAACAAAAUUAAGGAUUUGUAUGAAGAAGUGCAAUUGCCUCAUACAUAUUCUGUUUAUGAAGAAGCUACGUACGAUCUCCUUAGAACUCAAAUUCAACAAGUAACACGAGGCCUUCCGCAUGAUUUAUUCUUUAAAAUUUUGGACAGUAUUUUUAGACAGCGUACCUAAGCCUGCAUGAUUAAGUUAUAGCCAUAUUUGGUUUAGGGUUAGGUCCUGGAUAAUAUGUUAUUAUAAAAUUUGUGGUAUAUUAUUAUUAAUUAUUGUGGUAGUCUAUGUUUUAAGGAUAUUGUACACUACACAGAAGAUCGAAAUAUUAAUUAAUGUCAUGAUAUAAUAAAGUAAAUAAUGUUUAA